GCCUUUUUCUUUAAAAUGAGGACUUUCUGAGUCUGGUGGAAGGUUUUCAGCAGGUUUCCUCUUAAUGAAAUCAGUAUUAGUGUCCUGCAGGGGGCAGACACUCCUCUGCUUCACUCACAGGAAGAAGCAGAAGAAGAGAAGCUGGUCCCUGUUACCAGCAGAGCCGCUUCAAACCAGUGCAGUCCGAUCCAGACUGGUUCUGCUUGGCUGCCAUGUUGAGUUCUUUAAGGAUCCUCCUCUCUGCCACAAAGUGUCCGGCAACCCGCCGCUGCUCAGGCUUUGUCUCCAGGAUGAGGUAUGUGAACAGGCUGAAGGAGGAUGAUGCGUCGUGUGCUGCAGCGCUGCAGAACGGUCGCAUUUUCCUGUUCCACCGCCUGUCUCCUUUGCUGCAACGCACCGAGAGGGGAACCUUCAGACCAGCUGCACUCAUCAGCUCAGAUGUGCAGGCGAUCCUGGAGAGACUAGGUUCCGACGGAUCCCUCCUGAGGGAGUCGGUUCUGAUCAACUGCUCUGAACAAAACCAGGCUCAGUUCUGUUUGGAUGUCGGAGAACUGGAUCAGGAAGCAGUAGAAGAAGAGUGUGAAGGGAACUUCGUUGACCUGAGGAAGUCCUUCUUUCUGCUGAGCGGAGCAGAGGCCCCUCUAGUGGCCCAGGGUCAGGCUCUGCUACGCUGGCAUCAAACCAGCAGGUUCUGCAGCGCUACAGGUCAACUCACCCACCGGAACCAGGCGGGCAGUCAGAGAGUCUGCAGCAGCAGCGGCACAGUCUACUAUCCAAAGAUGUCUCCGGUGGUGAUCGUCCUGGUGUCUGAUGGGAAACGGUGUUUGUUGGGUCGACAGUCAUCCUUCCCUCGAGGGAUGUACAGCGCUCUGGCUGGUUUCUGUGACAUGGGUGAGUCUCUGGAGGAGGCUCUGUGCAGGGAGGUGGCAGAGGAGGUGGGUUUGGAGGUUCAGAGUAUCUCCUACAGCUCCUCACAGCACUGGCCCUUCCCUCACAGCUCCUUCAUGCUGGGCUGCCACGCCUCUGUUAGCCCCGCCGACACACAGCUUGAUGUGGACCACACGGAGCUGGAGGACGCUCGCUGGUUCAGUCUGGAGGAGAUUAGCUCCGCCCUGCAGGUGAAGACUCCGCCCAGGAGAGGUGAACCCCCCGUCCUCUGGCUCCCCCCGAAACACGCCAUCGCCAACCGACUCAUCACGGAGUGGGCGGUCCGGCAGCGAGAGUCCGAGUCCUGAGACCCAGAACCAGGUCUUCAUCUACACCCAGAUCAAGAUCCAAUGAGCUUCUUCAUGGAACAGACUGUCAUCACGUCUAAUUUUUAAUGACUCAAAUGAACAUUUAAUUACAUUUCUACAGUAAAACACAGAAUCUACCUCUGAGUUAUUGUUAUUAGUAUUAUUUUUAUUACUCUGUUCUAGAAACUUAUGACAUUUAAUUAAAAAGUGAAAAAACUUC